UGGCGGAAGGACACACUGCGCACAGCUCAGCCCGCCGGUCACCAUAGCAACAGCAGAGACGGUUGGCCCCUCCCCCAUUACAUCACCGGAGAGGUUCCAGCCCCGCCCAGGCCUGCCUCGUGCGGUGACGUCAGGCCGGGACUACCCUGCGGCGGAGGGAUAUCCGGACUCGGCGUGAGGGAACCGAACUCGGUGUUCCCUCUUCAAAUUAGAACGAGGAUCCGGUGGUGGAGAAACUGAGAGGAUAGAGGCCCGGGGGAGGAGCGGCGGGCUGAAAUAGUCCGGUUUUUACCGGAGAGGUGUGACGUCAUAUCCGGAAGUAACAGCGGCUUUGUGGACGACCAAUCAGAAGAAUUUGCCGUUUAAAUGUCCCCAACACUGCCUGACAACGGGGCCCCUGAGAGCUGAGUGUGCCUGGGGACACCGAGGAGCCACCUACCCCUGUAACCAAGGCAACGAGCCACCUACCCCUGGGACUGGGGCAACUGGACCCUCCUACCCCUGUGACUGGGGCAACUGGACCCUCCUACCCCUGUGACUGGAGCAACUGGACCCUCCUACCCCUGUAACCAAGGAAACGAGUCACCUACCCCUGGGACUGGGGCAACUGGACCCUCCUACCCCUGUGACUGGAGCAACUGGACCCUCCUACCCCUGUAACCAAGGAAACGAGUCACCUACCCCUGGGACUGGGGCAACUGGACCCUCCUAGCCCUGUGACUGGGGCAACGAGCCACCUACACCUGUGACUGGGGCAACUGGAGUCUCCUACCCCUGUAACCAAGGCAACGAGUCACCUACCCCUGCGACUGGGGAACUGGACCUCCCUACCCCUGUAACCAAGGCAACGAGCCACCUACCCCUGGGACUGGAGCCACCUACCACUGUGACUAGGGCAACUGGACCUUCCUACCCCUGUAACCAAGGAAACGAGUCACCUACCCCUGGGACCACCUACCUACCCCUGGGACUGGGGCAACUGGACCCUCCUACCCCUGUAACCAAGGCAACGAGCCACCUACCCCUGGGACCACCUACCUACCCCUGGGACUGGGGCAACUGGACCCUCCUACCCCAGUAACCAAGGCAACGAGCCACCUACCCCUGUGACUGGGGCAACUGGACCCUCCUACCCCUGUAACCAAGGCAACGAGCCACCUACCCCUGUGACUGGGGCAACUGGAGCCACCUACCCCUGUAACCAAGGAAACAAGCCACCUACCCUUGUGACUGGGGCAACUUGACCCUCCUACCCCUGUGACUGGGGCAACUUGACCCUCCUACCCCUGUGACUGGGGCAACCGGGAUCUCCUACCCCUGUGACUGGGGCAACUGGAGCCACCUACCACUGUGACUGAGACCUCCCUACCACUGUAACCAAGGCAACAAGCCACCUACCCUUGUUACUGGGGCAAUUGGCACCCUAAAUACCACUAACUACUGGAGUAUUAUUCACUAUGGGCACACAGGAGAUGGACUGGAUCGCCGUCGCCAACAACCUUCUCAGCCGAUGUCACAUCAACCGGCAAGUCAGAGAUCUGGCGCAGUGCGACGCGGGCGUCUUCGUGGCGCUGUACGAGGCCAUAUUGGGGGAGAAGGUUCCGGAUUUCAUCGCCAAACCCGCCAGUCAGGAGGACGACGCCCACAACAUGCAGUCUGUGAUCGACUCGCUGGCCCUGGACUAUCUGCAAGUCAGCCUGUCCCAUAUAACAGGGGAGAAUAUUGUGCGAGGAGACCCGGAAUCCAUCCGCAACCUCCUGGAGAUAUUUGACGGAUUGUUGGAGUAUCUGGCGGAGCAAAUCAGCGAAGUUUCCUCGCAGAACGGAGAUGACGGGGAUUCCAGGGAUCAGUAUGACAGACGGAAGGAUGAGUUGCCUCCGCUGAGGCCGCCUCCAUCUCCGGGAUCCUCGGAGCCCAUCGCUCCCUCCUGGGAAGUGGACGGCUCGGAAUCCACCGGAGAGCUCAUCCGGCUGGGGGACACGGCGCACACCUUCAUUCAGAGAGGGUUUACUGUAGAAGGAUUGAGACCGAGAGCGGACCGCACUGUCACCUCUGGUACCAAAGCCCCGGUGUUGGCGCCGGCCGCAAUCACCCCUCCCCCUCGUGUUCCUGCCCCCCCAGAGGCAGAGCGCAGCGCGCACAGAGGUCUUUCUAUGAAUGGAUUCUCACUACAUGACCAGAGUCAGGAGGUGACGCCAUCCGCCAUCCCUCUGAGACCCCCCUAUCAGCCCAAGGACAGCCGGCCUGUGCCCAUCAGGCAAGACAUCCCGGGGUCAGAAAGCAGCGAUAGAGCAGCAGAGAGACCACUGAGGAGAGGGGAAUCAACCGCUACAGCGAGAGGGGCCCCCAGGAAGAGUAAAACUUCAACGGAAGGAUUUCCUUCUAUGAACGGAUUCUCUCUACAUGACCAGAGUCAGGAGGACUCCGCCAUUCUUCUGAGACCCCCCUAUCAACCCAAGGACAGACGGCCCGUGACCAGCAGCCGAGACAUCCCGGGGUCAGAGAGCAGCGAUAGAGCUUCAGGGAGCCCCGUGAGGAGCAGAGAACCUACAACUACACCGAGAGGGACUGCUGACAGGACUACGGCCUUACAUGAAGAUCUUCCAAGCGAGAAAAGUCUGGAGUCCAGCCCUCCAUCAUCUCCGGAUAGGAGGAGUCCAAAACACGCCGGCCGUGUCUCCUCCAAUGAGGUCCCCACACAAUUGGCGCAAAAGAAAGUUGCGUUUCGGACUCAGCCUGACAUCCGCUUCAUGACCCUUCAGAGGACGCUGGAGGACCAGAGUGAUUGGACGCCACCUAGUGAUGGAGGAGAGAGCGACCGCGACCCCGCGCUGGACUCGGGGUUCUCUCUACUGGACUCCAGGGCAUCGGACCUUUCCUUGGCGGAUGAGCCGCUCUCUGUUCAGAGGGCCCGGAACAAGUCGUCGGAGAUGGAGCUGCAGGAGAUGUCUGAGAAACUGUCCCGGCGCCUGGACGAGCUGGAUCAGAUGCUGAAGAAGGCGUUGGGGGAGCGAGACCAGAGCAGCGAACUUAAAGAUGAGGACAAACUGUCCCAGCACAGCGACAGCAUCAUGGAAUUCCGCAGGAAGAAGAGGCUGCAGGCCGCACAAAACCAUAAAAAGCCGUCGACCAGACACCGCUCCCUCUCCUCGUCCCCUGUACCGCUACCGACGCCGCGCCCGCUCCCGUGUGCGCAGUUCGAGGACGCUCUGCACAAGGAGGCCAGAGGGGAGAUGGGGAAGAUCCGGAGGGAGGUGCAGAAGGAACUGGACCUGCAAAGGCUGAAAGCUCAGAUGCUGAACGCGGCUUACAAGGAGGAACUGAAAGAUUUUGAGAAGACGGAGAAAGUCAAACUGUCGAAGCUGCAAGAAAAAAUAAAUCAGAAGGAUCAGGAGUACAAAGAAAAUAUCUAUAAAGAGCCGGAGAAAAGAUCGCACCCGGAGAAGGUGUAUGCGGGGAAGCAGACGAGGCCGCGCCAUUGGACCCCCAGCUGUCACAAGGCCGCAGGACGCAUGAAGAUUAAAGAGAACGAUCUCCUUCCUCUCUUACUGGAGGAAUUCCCACAUCUGCAGAUCUCACCCCACACCUUCAAUGCCAUGUGGAAGGGGCAACUCGCCCAGGUGGAUCAACUCGCCAGGUCUGCCCAGGAAGACGAGCGGAGCGAGCGCAAGCUGCAGCGAGAGGUGGAAGAGGCGCACAAGAGACACGGCCUUCUCACCGAGAUUAUCCGGAGGGAACAAGGACAUAACCAGCGUCUGAAAGACUUCAAGGAGAGAAUCCGCCUGCAGAAAACGUCUCAGAAUAAGAUGAAGGAGAACCGGCAGCAGGUGACCCGCGCCAAGAAAUACUACGAAGACUAUCACGUGCAGCUCGGGGCCAAACUGAUGCGGGCCAGAACCCGGGAGGAGAAGAUCAUGAAGAAUCUGUUUGAGGAAGGCCUGGAGAUCCAGAAACAGCGACUGCGAGAACUGCGCUCAUACACCAAGGAGCAACGCGAGGAGCAGGGGAAGAGGCACAAAGACGAGCUGGAGUCCAUGGAGAACUAUUAUAAGGAUCAGUUCUCCAUGCUGGCCGAAGCCGUGACCCAGGAAAAGCAAGAAAUGCAGACACAAGAGAAGGCUCAGUCCAAGAAUUUACAGAAGAUGAAGAAAGAACUGCGGCAGAAGAUGGAGAAGGAGAUCCAGGAGCUGCAGGAGAUGAUCUUACGGGCCGAUGAAGACGUUUUCUUCCGAGAGCUGGAGGCAGAGCGGCUGAAGAGGAGGCUGCAGAUGGCUUCCUUCCAAUAUGGCAAAAGCCACUGCCUGUAAUGAGGCCAAACCACCACUAGAGGGCGACAAACUAAUACUGACACCCAAUCCAACAGGGAUCGCCCUGGAAACCGGAACGCCGGUGCAAAGUGGGGGGAUCAGAUAUACUGUCAGAUCUUUAUUGCUGUGAACCCCUUUUCUAGUGUCACUAAGACAGGAAGUGGGGGGUUGUGACAACGACAACCUGGACGGAGGUUCUGUACCUCCCAGAGUUUGGACUGAAGUUGUGUUUUAACCCCAAAAUGCAGGAGGUUAAAUUGCUGCUGUGCCACAACAUUCAGAUUACUGUGUGAACUUUAUACAACGGGGCCCUUGGGGGGCCACAAUGUCGAUAAACCCCCCCCCCCGGGUUGCAGAGUGCCUUAAUUCUUCCUCCCCUUUAAACCCCCAGAAUGAUGUUUCUUUUAUAUAUACAAUGAAUUGAUGAAUUUUACAUUCCGAUUUUAUAUUUAUUAGAACUUUAACUUAUUGGUAUUUUUUUUUUCAAUCAAAACAAUAAAAA